CCAUAGUUGACAAGGUCCUAAAAGGAUUAUGUGGUCCUUAGAGAGUCAGUUGCUAAGUUGAGGCAGUUAGGGGGUGGAAGUCUAAGUGGUGGGGAGUAGAACUGUCAUUUAGUUGUGCACCUUUCACCAUGGUGGACACGCGAGGUGGUAAGAGCACCACCCCAUACACGAAAGAGCAGGAAGAGAGGGUCACCGCCAUACUGAAGGAAAGAAAGGAGGAGGCCAAGAAGCAGACCCUAUUGGAGGAGCAAGCGGCGAAGAAGAAGAAGCUCGAAGAAGAAAUGGAGAGGUUGAAGAGGGAAGAGGAGGAGAAGCUCAAGGAAGUAGAAGAAGAAGAAGAAGAAGGAGAAGAGAUGCCCCUGGUACAGAGUGUGAGGAGAGAGGAAAGAGGGGAAUCCAGUGGGAUUAGUGAGGAGAAAAAAAUGGAGAAGAUGGUGUCUGAAUGGGUGGCCAACUUCUCCUUGGGGGAAGAUGAGGAGGCGUUGAUGUACAUUCCCCAGGAUGAGAGGGAUGCUGCUGUGGCAGAAAUACAGGCCCUGACCGAUCCCUUACAACGACAUGCUGCCGACAUAGACGUCCCUUGCUCUCCCGCUUCUGUCAGGAAGUAUCGGGACUUGCUGAUCAAAGCCCGCGCGAAUAUGCAAAAGGCUCAGGUCCGCAUGCUGCAGCAAGCUAACCGACGUCGACUUCCAUGUCCUUUCCGCGAGGGAGACCUUGUUUGGGUCCUCUCCGAGGAAUUUGCGCUCGAGCAGGAUGUUUCGCGCAAACUCCUUCCGAAAUGGUUCGGACCAUGGGAAGUCACUUCUGCCGUUGGAGACGACCCCGCCGGUCCUUCCUUCGUGAUCAACAUUCCACCGCACCUAACAGUGCAUCGGGUCUUCCAUGCAUCGAAGUUGGCCAUCUACAUGCCACCUCCAGCUGACGAGUUCCCCGGACGUCGAUCACAGGAUCCGCCUUCUAUGGACGGACACCAGGAAGUUGACCAAGUCAUCACGCACCGCAAGUAUGGCAACAAGCCAAGGCAGUACAAGGUCACAUUCAAGCAAUGUGCGCUUGAUGACACUCGGUGGAUCUCCAGUGAAGAUUUGCAGACUUCUGCACCCCUCAUCUUCACAGACUAUGAGAAGCGACGCCUUGCUAAGGACGCAGCUCGUCCCGCCCGACCCACCUCGGUAUCGGACAGACAACUUCGCCCUCGCAGGUAGCUCGGACUUUUAAGAGGGGGAGUGUGUUACAUCUUCGACUCACACGGGUCCUACCGGACCCGACUUAGGGCUGGAGGGACACACCAGGGCCUAAAGGCCCGACCUUUUGGGGUUACAGGCCCUAAAGGCCUGAUUUUGGACCAGCACCCAUCGGGUAGGCCCAAACGACACUUCGUUUGGGCCUGGCGGCGCUCUUGAAGCUGCCGCCCGCCGGUUGAGGCUGAACCGUCCAUCUGGACGGUCCAAGUAGUUGUAGGUUAGGUCUAGGCGGAUACGAGUCCAACCAGUCU